CGAUAUCCGAGCCACCUACUAUCGCAUUAUCGCUGAUCAUGUCGUCUGCUACAAAGGUUGCGUGCUUGGUUGCAAUUACCUUGAUGUAUACCACACCUCUAUUUGGAUUUGUGGUAAACCACAAAGCAAUGACAAUUGAACCAAUCGACUCAAGCGGUGACAAAUUUGAUACGGAGACCUCAAAUCUAUCUACGACUCCAGAAUUCUCAUCAAGAUCAAACGGGUCCAUCUCUGUCGAUUUACAGUCAUCGUCACUGCACACCGAAGAAAACGUCACGGUUGAUGCGCAACGCGACCAACCAAUCAGAUCCUCGGAUGGAGCUGUGCACACGGCACGCAAAAGGUCCGCCGAGUGCAGAGAGCCGAGCACGGCCGCCCUCGAAGUGCAGUUGCAGCUAUUCCGAAGUGGCUUCGUGACAACCGAAGCACCGACGGGAGCAUUCGCCGCUGGCGAGAACCCUCUUACAUACCUUACGAAUUUAGGGAUUCCACUCUUUUGGGAUGGAGAAGAUUGCCGACUGUCUCCGAUCAGUCUCAGGGAUGUCUUCCCGAUGACCAAUAUAGAUGGACGAGCAGCGUGCCCGUGGAAACUUGUUCAGAACUCGUCUCAGAUCAGGUACCCACGUGACCUGCUGUUUGCCCAAUGCGCAUGCAGGAAAUGUACAUCAUUCGUGUUUGAAGAAUUCAGUGAGGUUAAUUCUUGCAUACCAUUGGUCCGUGAUGAACACGUGUUGAAAAAGACAGGAGCCUGUGUAGAUGGUGAAUACGUGUACGAGCCUGUAAUGGAGCCUAUCCCAUUCGCCUGUGCGUGUAUACGGCCACGAACGCGCCCGGGUAAUAUGAACUCUAACUAACUUCACAUCCCCUCGAUCGCCCCGAAGAGGGCGUUUGUUGAAGCGUGUUGCCUUUAAAUCCUCAAAAUGGCGUCUCUUUGCUCGAUUUCGGUUCCGUUUUAGGGAGACAAUUCAAGUACCACGUUUCGGUUUGCCUAUUGGUCGAUUCGUGCGUUUCAUAGCAAGUGUGCACAAGUUUCGCCCUUUAUGACGUCAUUUCUGGUCUGAAAACGGAGAGAUCAGUU